UGGAUUUCCUGAGCCGGUUUUCAAUGAAGACCGAUGCUGCGGGCGCCCCAGGCAGGAGAGCAAGCCUCCAAGAAGAUGCGGAGAAGGAAACUCCGGCCACAGAAUCCCUAGGCAAGGGAGAGGGCCUGGUCUGGGAGGAAGAGGAAGGAAGAGCCACCCUGAUCGUGACCUUCACCCUCCGGAAUGCUAGAAAGGCCGGGCUCUCCAAGACAGUCAAAGUCUUCCAGACUUUUGAAGCUGGAAUCCAUCACCUUGAAACCAGGCAAGCCAAAAAAUCCAAGAACACUACUGAUGACCUCGAAUUUUUUGUCAAAUGUGAAGUUCAUAAUUCUGAUGUCAGUGUCCUUAUAAACUCCUUAAAGAAAGUGGCGGAAGAUGUGAAAACUAUCAGAGAAGAGAGAGUCCCAUGGUUUCCAAAGAAAAUACGAGACCUUGACAAGUGCCACCAUCUGAUCGCCAAGUAUGAACCUGAUUUGGACCAUGAUCAUCCUGGCUACACUGACCCAGAGUACAGGAAACGGAGAGCCUUCUUUACAGACCUGGCCUUCAACUACAGAGAAGGAGACCCAUUGCCUCGAGUUGAGUACACUGUCCAGGAGACUGCUACUUGGAGGGAAGUCUACAGGAAGCUGAGCAGCCUCUAUCCUACCCACGCCUGUAAGCAGUACCUGGAUGCCUUUCAGCAGCUGGAGAAAUGCUGUGGAUACCAAGAGGAUAGUAUACCUCAGCUUCAGGAUGUCUCCAGAUUUUUAAAAGAAAGAACAGGCUUUCAGCUGAGACCAGCUGCAGGGCUGCUAUCGCCUCGUGACUUCCUUGCCAGCCUGGCAUUUCGUGUCUUUCAGAGCACACAGUAUAUAAGGCAUUCCUCUUCCCCUAUGCAUUCCCCAGAACCGGACUGCUGCCACGAAUUGUUGGGUCAUGUUCCCAUGUUAGCAGACAAAGAAUUUGCACAGUUCUCACAGGCUAUUGGACUGGCUUCUCUUGGAUCAUCUGAUGUUGAGAUUGAAAAACUGGCAACACUCUAUUGGUUUACUAUUGAGUUUGGUCUCUGCAAACAAAAUGGAUCCAUCAAAGCUUAUGGGGCAGGACUCCUUUCCUCUUACGGGGAGCUUGUGUAUGCUUUAUCAAACAAGCCUGAGCACAAACCGUUCGAUCCCGAACUGACUGCAGUUCAUCCGUAUCAGGAUCAGACCUUCCAACCUGUCUAUUUUGUAGCAGAAAAUUUUGAAGAUGCGAAGGCCAAACUCCAAAAAUAUGCUCUGAAGAUCAAGAAGCCUUUUUCUCUUCACUAUGAUCCAUUCACCUGCAGCAUAGAGGUUCUGAAUACACCUCAGAAAGUCAAGAACACGCUCAGUCAAAUGAAAGAGGAGCUGAAAAACCUCUGCUUUGCCCUUGAAAACAUUUCUUAAAAGCCAGUUUUAGCUGGUGCUGAAAUGUGUACAAAUAACCCGAGAACUUACUGAUUUCUAGUGGUGAAACUGCGUAUCUGAAGAUCCUAACUCAUGAGUAGCUGAGUCAGUCUAAUCACCUCACUGAGUCAAGCUACACAAUCUUAGCCACAUUCAUUACUUGUUAUUAGUAUGUUUCAGUGACAAACAACAAAAUCUUCUACUUUUGAUAGAUGACAUAAGCUAGUGUUGAGUGGAGUAUAUUUAUCUACUGCUGUACCCUUUAUUGCGUUAUACUGAUAUAUAGACACCCACGCCAUUUUUCUAGGGCUAUCUCAUUGAA